AAUCUUAUGAGCAAUAAUACACAAUUGUUACCAUCUGAAUGGGAAUACCCAGAGUAGAAUCCAGAGUACAAAGGAAAUGAUUUAGAUAAGAGAUUGGAAUAGGGUCCGAUUGAAGAUAGAGGAUGUACAGACUGCAUAUGGUGCAUUCUAUAUUUAAUAAUGUGGGGAGGUUUGAUUACCAUAGGUAUAAUUGCUUUGUCGAAUGGCUCUCCUGAGAGUUUAUUUUUACCUUACAAUAGUGUAUUAAUACAUUAAUUAUGAAAGGAUGGUCAACAAUGUGGGGUGAGUUAAAACUUUGAAGAUUGUCCAUAUUCAUAUUUAAUGAAUACAACUUCGAUUGAGGAGAAUUAAGAUGGAAAUUUUUAAUUUAUUUGUGUAUAAAGUUGUCCAUCAAAGGCGAAUACAGAAAUAUCUUAUUGUACAAUAAUUGGAGAUCAAACUUAAUUAUCAUCAUAUGGAACCUACGAUUGUAAAUUUAAAUAUAGAACACUAAAUUAGAUAUGUCAAUAUGUUCUCCAUACAAAAGUGACCCUUUUUGGAAUGUGACAAAGGAUUUCUUUAGUUAUUCUGCAAGUGAAGCAGAUUUCCAGGAUCUUGGUAAGACAUGGCCAAUAUCCUUAUUUGUUUGCAUAAUAACAUUAAUCUUGGCGUAAAUAUAAAUUUAAUGUUAAUAGUAAUUUCAUAAUGUUUUUGGUUAAGAAGUGUGCAUCGUGUUUAGUUUGGGGAGUGCUCAUCUUAUAUUUUACAUUGUUAAUUUUAUUCGGUUUUUUGUUUUACUAUAGUGGCAAGGGAGACUUUUCUAAUGCCCAUUUCGGUAAUAGUUAUGGAUGGUGUUUGACAAUAGCUAUAAUAUUUUGGAGUAUUGCAGGGUAGAAUAAAUGAAUAUUUUUAGAAUUUCCUUUUUGAUGUUGGGAUGUUAUUAUAAAAGGAUUUACUUGGCAAUAGCUGUAAUAAAGGCUGCAGCAGAUUUUACUAGAGAUGUUUGGUAGGUGGUAAUGGUACCAUUAAGCAUAUUCGGAGUAAUGAUAGGAUUCCUACUAUUUUGGAUAUACAGUACAACAUACUUAAUGUCAUAUGGAACUUCAGAUUAUAAGGAUAACACUCCAUUUCCUGAAGUUGAUCUUCAUUCUGGAACAAUAGGGAUGAUUAUUGGUAAUUCAAUAGCAUUUUAUUGGAAUUGUUAAUUCGCAAUGGCAUUCAGUUAAUACGUGGUAGCUAGUUGUUGUUGCAUGUGGUAUUUCCAUCAUAUGGGAGUGAAUUUACAUCGUCCAGUCUUCAAGAGUAUUAAAAGAGGUUUGAUGCAUCACAGUGGGUCUUUGGCCUUGGGAUCUUUGAUUUUGACAUUUGUUGCAGUUUUAAGAUUUACAUUUGAUUUGUUACAUGUAUUAAAUUGAUGGUAUGGGUUAGAAAAUAUUUAAACAAGGAGUUCAAUAGAAUAAGGCAGCAACUGGGUGUUUGAAAUGUUGGUUUGGUUAUUAUGGAUGUAUAAUUCAUUGUUUUGAGAGAUUUAUUAGGUUUAUAACUUAGAAUGCCUAUAUAAUGGUUGCAAUAACAGGGAAAUCAUUUUGUAAAUCAGCUCAUGAUGCUUAUUAUCUAAUAUUUCGUCAUAAGACAGCAGUAGCAAUUACUGAUGGGAUUGGUGAGAUAUUCAGCACCUUGGCUAAUUUAUCAAUAGGGAUCACAGCAACAUUCAUAGGAUUUAUAAUGAUCACAUAGAUUGAUCAUUAUUCAAAUCAAAUUUCAUCUCCUGUGUUACCAACUGUUUUCUUUGCCUUCAUCUCAUUAACAUUAUCUAGCAUAUUUAUGAAUGUUUAUGGAAUGGGAAUCGACACAAUAUUAUUAUGCUAUAUGGCAGAUAGAGAAUUGUUUUCAACAGCAAAAUCAGUUCCUUAAUCUCUAUAAGAGUUUUUAGACAAGUAUUAAAAAUGA